GGGUUGAUUAAAAAAACGAGGUUUACAUAUUCAGAAAAAACUUAGGUUCUUCUCUGUAACAACCCAAGAUUAGUUCCUUUGAAAACACCACUUACCAUACACAAACUCAUACAUACGCAAUUAUGGAUUCUCUUAACAAUGCCUUCGCUUCCUCUGACCCAAAAGCUGCUCUCAUGAAUCAAGUUCGUCAAGAAGCUGCCAUGACCAAUGCUAGACAAUUGAUCGAGGUGCAUCUUCCCUUUCUCCUUUUGUCCUCUAUUAUACCCUCCUCCACACUCUCGAUCUUAUUCCUUUCCCAUCCAGAGACUAAUCCCCUUCCAGAAAGUAAACGAACAUUGCUUCGAGAAAUGCGUCCCCAAACCUGGCACUUCUCUCAGCAGCGGCGAAACAACCUGUUUCACUCAAUGCAUGGAGAAAUACAUGCAAGCUUGGAAUACUGUCUCUAAACAAUAUAUCGCGAGGUUGCAGAGGGAGUCGGCGAGUGGGUCGGCGAAUGGAGGGAUGUUUUAGAUUUGAACGGGUAUUUUUAUCAGGAAGCAGGAGAGAGAUGAGAGGAAGAAAGUGCAGGGGUGCCUUUUUGAGAGCGAAUGCUCAAUUCCACACGAUUUCGAUUUUGGAACUCGGUCUUUCCUCAUGGUGAAAGGGAGGAGAAGAGGAUUACCGUGAGAACGAGAUAUAAGAUUUCGCCAUUGAAUGGGUACGAUGUUAAAGGAGUAUAUUACACUCUUGUACACUAUGAACAGGUCAUCGCGCCUCUGGGAUUGGAGUUGAUAAAAAACAGAACUUUAGAGAUAUCACAGUACGAAUGAAUUGCAACAAGUUACGACUUCCAUGGACAUACG